AUGUGGAAUACAGUUCAUGUUCGUGCAUUAAUAGAUAAACGCAAAAAAAGUAAUUCAAAAUUUCACGAUAUGAGCGGAAGUCAAAAAUACUUGUUUUGGAAAAGCGUAGCUACGGAUAUUAAUUAUGAAUUUGGAACCUUCUAUUUGGGAACGAAUUGCAAAGAUAAAUUUAAUGCAUUAGUAAAGAACUACAAGAAUAUGAGCUUGUAUAUUCAAGAUGACAAAUUUGAUCAGCUACGUAUGAAAAAUUUGGCGUUGGGAAAUUUGUCGGCAAAAUCAUCAACUUCGUCGGCAAAUUCAUCAACAAAUGCAAAUUUACCUGUAGAGAAUUGUCAAAAUUCUCCAGCAAGAGCGGAUUCAAUGAUAAUGAAUCUAAUGAAAGUCAUACUAAUAGUAUGA